AGUUCCAAGCAUGUUCCGAUGCGCUCAAACCAAGCAUCGAACUUUCUCCACUCAAACUUUCCCGGAAAAUCACCUCUCUUUCAUCCUCAGAAAAUGCAUUUCUCUCUUACAGUUAUGCGGCUCCUCCCAAUCCAAGUUGAAGCAAAUCCAUGCUUUCUCCAUCAGACAUGGCGUCCCACCCCCAAAUCCCGACUUCAACAAGCACCUCAUUUUCUCUCUCGUCUCCAUUUCAGCCCCCAUGUUCUACGCCACCCGGAUUUUCCAACAGAUUCAAGCCCCCAAUAUCUUCACAUGGAACACCAUGGUUAGAGGAUUUGCCGAAAGCGAGAAUCCCAGGCCGGCCGUGGAGCUGUAUUCCCAAAUGCACGCGGCGUCGUCCAUUCAGCCUGAUACGCAUACUUUUCCCUUUCUUUUUAAGGCUGUUGCUAAGUUAAUGGAUGCUAGAUUAGGCGAGGGGAUUCACUCGAUUGUUGUUAGAAAUGGGUUUGAUUCGUUGCGUUUUGUUCAGAAUUCGUUGGUUCAUAUGUACUCUGUUUUUGGGUUUGCUGAGAGUGCGUAUAAGGUGUUUGAGUUUAUGUCUGAGAGAGAUCUCGUGGCUUGGAACUCUGUUAUUAAUGGCUUUGCUCUUAAUGGGAUGGCGAAUGAAGCUCUGACCCUUUUUAAGGAAAUGGGUUCUGUGGGUGUGGAGCCUGAUGGGUUCACUAUGGUUAGUUUGUUAUCUGCUUGUGUUGAGCUUGGGGCACUGGCCUUGGGGGAGAGGGUUCAUGUGUAUAUGUUGAAGGUUGGUUUAGUACAGAACCCACAUGCUAGCAAUGCGCUUCUUGAUCUCUAUUCCAAAUGUGGGAACAUUGCACAUGCACUGAAGGUGUUCGACGAAAUGCAUGAAAGGAGUGUGGUUUCUUGGACUUCUCUGAUUGUUGGGUUGGCUGUUAAUGGAUUAGGAAAUGAAGCUCUUAGACUGUUUGGGGAGUUGGAAAGGAAGGGGUUGAAGCCUAGUGAGAUCACAUUUGUUGGAGUUUUGUAUGCCUGCAGCCACUGUGGGAUGGUUGAUGAAGGCUUCGAUUACUUUAGAAGGAUGAAAGAAGAGUAUGGCAUCUUGCCAAGAAUUGAGCACCAUGGCUGCAUAGUCGAUUUGCUGUGCAGAGCGGGCAAGGUCAGAGAUGCUUACGAGUAUAUUCGAAACAUGUCGAUCCCGCCCAAUGCAGUCAUUUGGCGGACCUUAUUGGGAGCUUGCACAAUCCAUGGCCAUUUGGAACUAGGUGAGAUCGCAAGAGCUGAAAUCCUACUAUUAGAACCGAAGCAUUGCGGCGACUUUGUCCUUCUCUCGAACCUUUAUGCAUCGGAGCGACGUUGGCUAGAUGUUCAAAACGUGAGGAGGACAAUGCUUAUGAAAGGAGUGAAAAAAACUCCUGGGUAUAGCCUUGUCGAGUUGAAGAAUCGUGUUUAUGAAUUUAUCAUGGGCGAUCGAUCUCAUCCUCAAAGUGAGGAGACAUACGCAAUGCUGGGGAAGAUCACGGAGUCGUUGAAAAUCGAAGGAUACGUUCCUCGCACGGUUAAUGUUCUUGCAGACAUAGAAGAGGAAGAAAAGGAGACGGCAUUGUCUCAUCAUACAGAGAAAGUUGCAAUUGCUUUCAUGUUGGUUAACACCCCACCAAGAACUCCAAUUAGAAUCAUGAAGAAUUUGAGAGUUUGUGCAGAUUGUCAUCUGGCAAUCAAACUAAUAUCCAAGGUUUUUGAACGAGAGAUCGUCGUAAGGGAUCGUAGUAGAUUUCAUCAUUUUAAAGACGGGUUGUGCUCGUGUAAAGAUUAUUGGUAAUAUUAGUAUCGUCUCCUUAUUAUAUAUCUCCAUUGAUGUCUGUAAUUUUUGUUUGAAGGAGAAUGAUGAUUCUAUAUUGUUUGAUA